UGCCUCGCGGCGAAAGCCGCAGCAUCUCGAUUUUGCCAGAGCUCCAAGAACAAACUCUCUCUCUCUCUCUCUCUCUCUCUCUCUCUCUCACUGUGAUCCUCAUUCCCUUUUCCUCGCUCCAUCAUCUUCCUCUUCGUCUUCGCACCACCAUCAUAUACGCACGAGAGAGAGAGAGAGAGAGAGAGAGAGAGAGGGAGCGGCGGAGGAGGAGCGGAUCGCGGUGGAUGUGAUGGUGCUUGCGGCGGCGGCGGCGGCGGCGAGGUAGAGGAGGAGGAGGAGGAGGAGGAAACGCGCGCGCCGAGGAGACGAGGGAGAGGGGGAGGGGGAGGAGGAGGGCGCCAUGAUUCAGAGGGCGGUAGUCGCGGUCGCGGUCGUCGGAAUCGUCCUCAUCGCGUUCUCCAUCUCCCGCAAGGAGGGGUACCUUCAAAGUCUAAAGUUGCCUGAAAUAACUCAUAGAGUUUAUUUGGAUGUUGAUAUUGACGGCCAGCGUGCAGGUAGAAUUGUCAUCGGGUUAUAUGGCGAAGUGGUACCCAAAACUGUUGAAAACUUCAGGGCCCUCUGCACAGGCGAAAAAGGUGAGGGGGCCAGUGGAAAGCCUCUUCACUACAAGGGAACGCCAUUUCAUCGCAUAAUACCAGGUUUUAUGAUUCAAGGUGGUGAUGUCGCUCAAGGUGAUGGAAAGGGCGGCGAAUCAAUAUAUGGUGGCACAUUUCCUGAUGAAAACUUCACCAUAAAACAUUCACAUGCAGGUAUCGUAUCUAUGGCGAACUCCGGACCUAAUUCAAAUGGAUCCCAGUUCUUCAUAACCACAGUUAAAACAUUCUGCACACGAAUUUUUGAUUCUAGGUUGGACGGGGAGCAUGUUGCUUUUGGUAAGGUGAUCCAGGGUAUGGAUGUGGUUUACGCCAUCGAGGGGGGAGCUGGGACUUACAACGGGAAGCCGAGAAAGAAGGUUGUCAUUGUCGACUCGGGCGAGAUACCGAAGAGCAAAUGGGACGAGGAGAGCUGAGUUACUUCUUGCUGCAUCAAUCCCAUUCAAAUGCUGAAGCAGCGUGAAUUCGACUGGCCAUUUGAGGUCUGACUCUCACAUGAACUGCAUGAUGUUGUAAAAUCAGAGUGAUUUAGGAGAGUAGUUGAUCAAAGAAACAAAUUUAGGGGGUUGUGGGGGUUUCCUUUCAUUGAUAGCUUGUUUAAGUGUGGAAACCCGUUGUCUUUCCUUUU